AUGGACAAUUGUAUAACAUCGUAUUCGACUUUCCACGGUUUGACGGUAUGGAGUUACGUUGUAAAACCCACAUUUAAAGCUAUUCAAGACUAUAUACAAAAUAAAACUUCUACCUUAAAAAAUGAGAAAAAUAAACAAACAUUUAGGCAAGAAUGCUUAGGAUUGGCUGAUUACCUAAUUAAUAAAAAGGUUGCACCAAGAUUUGAGAAUCAAACAAUGUGGGAACUAGCAUUAAAGCAUUGGUUGAAACGUUACUAUAAUAAUCUAACUAAUCAUCAUGGAGGAUGUCCUAUGAUUUUAGAGAAAAAAGAUAAAGAAAUUUUACAAUUAAAAUAUCAAGAAGAAGAUUUCUGUGAUAAAAGAAGGACAGAUCUGAAUCAAAUAAAAGCGUUAAAAAAAAAUUACCCAAGUAAUUGUACUAAUGAAUAUUUAAUGAAAUGUAGAGAAUAUAAGGAAUGGCUUGAGGAUAGGAAGUUUUACUUUGAAAAAAAUAAAAAUCUCUUUAAACAUUGUUAUGAAACAAAAAAAAAAUCCACAUGUAACAUAAUGGAUGAAGAAACUUUUAAAGAAUCUCCUGAAUGCUCAUCCUCCUACAUAGAUAAAAAUUGUAAUUUUGUAUCUGAGAAAAAGGUUAGCGAUACACAAAUGGAAGCUCCAGUUAAAGAUCAAGAUUUAUCAACACCUCAUGCAGAAAACGAAGGCACACAUGCUCCAGAUGAAACUGAUAAUGAGACUAAACAGCAGAUUUAUCAUGAUUCACAAACUCAACUUCAAGAAUCGUCGUCAUUCGAGCUUUUAGAUGAGCAACGUGUAGCUGAAGAAAUUCCAGGCCCAUCAUCUGCACAAGAAGAAACGUCAAUACCUAAUACAGGAACUAAAAAUAAAUAUCAAGUAACACAAGUAGAUCCUGCAUUACCAAAAAUAGUUCCCGAAAGCGAAGAAUCUCCUCCUGAUAAUGCUCCGUCAUCUCCUACCUUAUCAGUUCUUCCAUCAAGAUUUCCUCUUAGUUCUAAACUCUCUAAAAUUCCAGGAAUGAUUAAAAAAAAAAAAAAAAUAAAACGAAGGCACGUGAAAUUCUUGAGAUUACUAUUACCUUCAUUUUCUAAAAACAAAAGUAAGUUUUUAACAGAUGAUCAUUUAGAACACCCAAUAUAUGAUGAAAAAGAAAUCGUAAAAAAAAUUAAAAUAAAUGAAUUUAAAAAAAAUAUAAACUUGCCAAAUCGAAAAAAAGACAGAUCCAAAACCAUAAUAGAAGUACAUAUGGAAGUACUCGAAGUAUGCAGAAAUGAAGAAUGGGAAAACAACAAAGAAGAAUUCUUAAAAAUAUGCAUAGAUGAGUUCACAAAAAAGGAAUAUAAUGCCUAUCCUAAUUUAAAAAAUGAUAAUUUAAUAACAGAAAAUAUUAAAAGUAGCAAUGAUAUUACAAAACAAAAUAUUCUAUGGAAUAAAUGGAUAGAAAGGCAUAGAUAUAUUUCUGAAAAAUUGAAAAAACAGGAUUGGUUUAAUAAUUUAAAAAAUGAAUGGAAAAAAGAACUAGCUUAUAUGCAAGAAAUGGUAAAAUUAAAAAUAAAAUCUUCUAAUGAAAAUCACAAAGUUCUAUUUUUAGAAAGAGAAAAAGAUAUAUGGAAACAAUGGAUAUCAAAAAAGGGUACUAUUAUAGAGCAAUAUUUGGAACAUGAAUGCUUCAAUGAAUCCUCAGAGGAUUUUCACAAUAUAUCAGAUGAAUAUCUAAAUGAAGAUACUAAAAAUUAUGUAUCAUUAAUGAAUAUAGAAGAAUUCCAAAUCAAGGAAAAUUAUGAAGAAUUCUAUAAAUAUGCAAAACGAAAAUUAGUAAGAAAGCUAUGUAUUCUAGUUUUUAUGACGAUAUUAGAAGAAUGUAAAAAGGAGGUGAACUUUGAAAAUAAGAAAUCAUAUUUCGAUAGUUCCUUAAAUGAACUGAAAAAAAGAUUAAGUUCAGAUAAAAUGCCAGAAAUUACAGAAAAUAUAAUUGAAUAUAACAGCAAUGAUUUAGGAUAUAUACAAAAUAAAGAAAUCCAUGCUCAUAUAGGAAAUGAUAGUUUCAGGAAUGAGAUAGAAAACUUGAUAAGAGAAGAUAACGUAUAUAGAAAUUCUGUAGUUAACUAUGGGGCACUAGACAAAUCUGAUGAAAUAGAAGAAAAACAGAUAUUAUAA